AUGCUUCAGGGGACUUUGGCAAUUCCGGUGGAGACAGUGGCUGCGGUUACUGUAGGAAAGAUUCGUGCCGUGCAGAGCCCAGUGUUCCAUUUUUAUUUACAGUCAAAUGCAAAAAACAAAUCUAUCCCCGUCCUUGGCCCUGAGAGCAGCGCGGAAGAUUUCACCAUCGGCUCAACAAUCCAGUCCAAGAACUCAUCUUUAUAUCUAAACAUUCUGCCCGCGACCACUAGCUAUAAGCCUCUAGCAUUGUCGGUAACAAGUAAUACGACGGCGUGGGGACUAGAGGGCGAUACGAUUAUUACGGUUACGGGGAGUAAUUAUGGGAGACAACUGAACUUUCUCGCAUGCAAGUCCACGGAUAGUGGUUAUUACGACGUCUUUUUGCAGACGGGAAGUGAUACUCCUAGCGGAAAGAGUUGCAGUAAUUAUCAGACGCUGCAUCUGCCGUGCUUGUGCUAG